AUGCGCAGGAGUAGAAGUGCUAAACUUCUACCAUUAGAUCCUGAGAUAGAGCGCACCUUGCAUCGGUUGAGAAGAGAGAAUAGAAGAAGGGAAGAAUUGCAGGUAGUUGAGAUGGCAGAUGAUGACAUCAACCGCCAAAUACAGGGUGCUGCCAGAGCACUUCGAGACUAUGCAGUACCUACUAUUAUGGGUUCUGCGAUCAGAAGGCCCACUAUUCCAGCUAAUAACUUUGAACUGAAGUCAGCACUCAUCCAGAUGGUUCAAUCAAAACAGUUUGGAGGAUAUCCCAACGAGAGUCCUGAUGAGCAUAUUGCAGGAUUCCUCCAAUACUGUAACACGGUAAAGAUGAAUAAUGUCACUGAUGAUGUUAUUAGAUUACAGCUUUUUCCUUUCUCAGUUAGGGAUAAAGCGAGAGCCUGGUUCAAUUCACUGCCACAAGAGUCCAUCACCACCUGGGCCGACCUUUCAUCUAAGUUUCUCAGGAGAUUUUUCCCACCAGCUAGGACUGCAAGAUUGAGGAACGAAAUCACUAACUUCACCAACCUGGAUGAUACAUUGAGGUCUCUAGUAGAUGCUGCAGCAGGAGGCGCACUGAUGGGUAAGAAUUAUAAUGAAGCAAGUGCUUUGAUAGAAGAGAUGGCCUCCAGUGCACAUAAUUGGCAGAAUGAGAGAAGUAAAUCAAGAGUGGCAUCAGUCAAUGACAUGGACACUAUUGCUAAUUUGACAACCCAGAUUUCAGCUCUCACUACCCAGGUUGCUUUUUGUGAGUUGUGUUCAGGACCACAUUCGACUCUUGAAUGCAUGUCUGGAAAUCCCUCGGCUUCACCCAAUGGAGAGCAAGUGAACUUUGUCAACAACUUCCAACGGAGUAAUCAAGGGCCUUAUUCGAACACUUACAAUCCCGGGUGGCGUAAUCAUCCUAAUUUCUCAUGGAGGAAUGAGAAUAAUGCACUUAAACCGCCACUUGGAUUCCAAAAGCAAGGCCCUGCUCAGAAUGCUCCACCUCAGCAAAGUCAGUCGAGAAUGGAAGAGCUCAUGUUGAGCUAUAUGCAAAAGACUGACACCAUGCUACAGAAUCAACAAGCCACUAUUCGAAACCUAGAGGUUCAGAUUAGUCAGAUUUCUCAGCAAUUGAGUAAUAGACCAUCAGGGUCUUUACCCAGCAACACUGAAGAGAACCCCAAGGGUGUCAAUGCUAUAAUGCUGAGGAGUGGCAAGGAAUUGGAAACAGUCAAUAGAAAAGCUCAAACUCAGGAGGAGAGUCCGGAGAAAGACAAAGGUAAGCAAAAGGUGGAAGAACCAAGGCAGAAGUCACUAGGGGUGAAACUGUAUGUUCCUCCUGUCCCUUUUCCAAGAAGAUUGAAGCAACAACAGUUGGACGCCCAAUUUGCUAAAUUCCUAGAUGUCUUUAAAAAGCUGCAAAUCAACAUUCCAUUUGCAGAAGCACUCCAGCAGAUGCCUUCAUAUGCUAGAUUCAUGAAGGAUCUGCUCACUAAAAAGAGGAAGUUUGAUGGGAGUGAGCCUGUGAUGCUUACAGGAGAGAGUAUCAAAUAUCCAAAGGGUAUUGUCGAGAAUGUCCUGGUGAAGGUAGACAAAUUCAUAUUUCCAGUCGACUUCAUAGUCUUGGAGAUGGAGGAGGACAGAGAGGUGCCCAUGAUCCUUGGCAGACCGUUCCUUGCGACAGGUAAAGCAUUAAUAGAUGUGGAACAAGGUAAGCUCACUUUAAGAGUUAUGAAUGAACAAAUAACUUUUAAUGUUUAUGACGCCAUAAAGAAAUUUGAUGAUGGCAAAUCUUGUUACACCAUUGAUAUUAUUGAUGAGCUUAUCUCUGAGUCUGGGGAGGAGAAAGCAGGUGUGGAUACAAUGGAAUCAGUCCUUAGGGAUCUGGACGAUUGGAGUGAUGAUGAUGAGCAUGAGGAAGAAUCUGUGGAGAAGGUAUCAGAAAUCAAGGCUCGCUACUAUGAGGAGCUGGGCACCAGUGCGACAAAACCAGUAUCAUCUUUGACACAGUCCCCGGUGCUAGAACUUAAACCAUUGCCUAGCCAUUUAAAAUAUGCCUAUCUUGGAAUAGAUGAUACUUUGCCAAUAAUUAUCUCUUCUUCCUUGACAGGUGAUCAGGAGCAACAGCUCCUAAGCGUGCUGAGAGAGCACAAGGAGGCAAUAGGAUGGACUGUUGCAGAUAUCAAAGGGAUCAGCCCUUUGAUUUGCACUCACAGGAUAAUGUUGGAAGCUGAGUGCAAACCCAUAGUGCAACCACAGAGGCGACUUAACCCAACUCUCAAAGAGGUAGUGAAGAAAGAAGUGCUUAAACUGUUGGAUGCAGGUAUUAUCUAUCCUAUCUCAGAUAGUAAAUGGGUUAGUCCUGUUCAAGUAGUGCCUAAAAAGGGUGGUAUGACUGUGGUUAAAAAUGAGGUCAAUGAAUUAAUCCCGACUCGUACUGUGACUGGGUGGAGAGUUUGUAUAGAUUACAGGAAACUAAAUGAUGCUACCCGUAAAGACCAUUUCCCCCUCCCUUUCAUUGAUCAGAUGCUAGAAAAACUUGUAGGGCAUGAUUAUUAUUGUUUUCUAGAUGGUUAUUCUGGUUACAAUCAGAUUCAUAUAGCACCCGAGGACCAGGAGAAAACCACAUUCACUUGUCCUUAUGGCACUUUUGCCUUUAGGAGAAUGCCUUUCGGUCUCUGUAAUGCACCUGCCACUUUCCAGAGGUGCAUGAUGUCUAUAUUUUCUGACAUGUUAGAGAAUUUUAUUGAAAUAUUUAUGGAUGAUUUCUCUGUUUUUGGGAAGUCAUUUGAAUCUUGUCUGACAAAUUUAGGCUGUGUGCUUAAAAGAUGUAAGGAGACUAAUCUGCUUCUGAACUGGGAGAAAUGUCAUUUUAUGGUAAGAGAGGGUAUAGUCUUAGGUCACAAGGUGUCAAAGAAAGGGAUUGAAGUUGAUCGAGCAAAAGUGGAGAUAAUAGAGAAGUUGCCACCACCCACUUCAACAAAAGGAGUAAGGAGCUUCUUAGGACAUGCUGGCUUCUACAGGAGAUUUAUCAAGGACUUUUCUAAAAUCUCUAGACCUCUUUGUAAUUUACUUGAAAAAGAUUCUGCUUUUGUUUUUAAUGACAAUUGUUUGCAGGCAUUCAAUUUAUUGAAGGAGAAACUCACUUCUGCACCAGUGAUCGUUGCACCUAAUUGGGAGCUUCCGUUUGAGCUGAUGUGUGGUGCCAGCGACUAUGCUGUAGGAGCAGUACUUGGGCAAAGGAGAGGUAAGGUAUUUCAUGCAAUAUACUAUGCUAGUAGAACUUUAAAUGAGGCCCAAAAGAACUAUGCCACAACUGAAAAGGAGCUUUUAGCAGUCAUAUUUGCAUGUGACAAGUUUCGGCCUUAUCUGAUAGGUUCUAAGAUCAUAGUAUACACAGACCAUGCUGCCCUGAAAUAUUUGUUUGCCAAAGCUGAUGCUAAACCUAGGCUAAUUCGUUGGAUUCUACUGCUACAAGAAUUUGACCUGGAAAUUAGAGACACAAAGGGAACUGAAAAUGUAGUGGCUGAUCACUUAUCCCGUUUGGAAUCUGAUUGUUUAGAUUCACCCAUUAAUGAAAAGUUCCCUGAUGAACAAUUGCAUGUAGCAGAAAUCCAAGGAUUACCUUGGUAUGCUGAUAUAGUCAAUUACAUGGUUAGCAACAUCACACCAUAUGGUUUGUCAUCUCAACAGAAAAAGAAAUUUUUGCAUGAUGUGAAAUACUAUUUUUGGGAUGAACCAUAUCUGUUUAAAUAUUGUGCUGACCAAGUAAUUAGACGCUGUGUGCCUGAAACUGAACAACUUAGCAUAAUACAACACUGUCAUUCUAAGGAAGCAGGAGGCCACUUUGGUGUGGAAAGAACUGCAACUAAGAUCUUAUCUUGUGGAUUUUAUUGGCCUAGAGUAUUUCAUGAUUGCAGGAAUUACAUUAUGUCUUGUGCUCCAUGCCAAAGAACUGGCAAUAUUUCUAGGAGACAUGAAGUACCACAAAAUAGCAUUCUUGUAAUUGAGCUUUUUGAUGUGUGGGGAAUAGAUUUUAUGGGUCCUUUUCCCUCUUCUUUUUCAAAUAAAUAUAUUCUUGUGGCUGUUGAUUAUGUUUCAAAAUGGGUAGAAGCAGUUGCUCUACAAAGUAAUGAUGCCAGAGUUGUAAUCAGAUUUUUGAAAAAGAACAUCUUUUCAAGAGUUGGGGUACCUAGAGCCAUUAUAAGUGAUGGGGGAUCACAUUUUUGCAAUCGGCAAUUUGAAAAAUUAUUAUCAAAAUAUGGAGUUACUCAUAAAAUUGCCACCCCUUAUCAUCCACAGACUUGUGGACAGGUUGAGGUGUCCAAUAGGGAAAUAAAGCGUAUCUUAGAGAAAACAGUCAAUGCAUCUAGGAAAGAUUGGUCUUUAAAACUUGAUGAUGCAUUGUGGGCUUACAGGACAGCUUUCAAAACCCCCAUAGGAAUGUCCCCAUACAAGAUUGUUUAUGGUAAAUCAUGUCACCUACCAGUAGAGCUUGAGCACAAAGCAUAUUGGGCCAUAAAAUACCUUAACUUUGAUUUACAAGCUGCAGGUGAAAAGAGAUUGCUCCAGUUGAAUCAGAUGGCUGAGAUGAGAGAGGAAGCAUAUGAAAAUGCUAGGAUAUACAAGGAGCGAGCCAAGCGAUGGCAUGAUAGGAACAUCCUAAAGCGAGAGUUUUUGCCUGGUCAGAAAGUCCUAUUAUACAACUCUCGCUUGAAGUUGUUCCCAGGUAAGUUAAAAUCUCGAUGGUCUGGACCAUUUGUUAUUUCUAAUGUUUUUCCCUAUGGUGCAGUUGAGCUGAAGUCAGAAGAUGACCGCACUUUUAAAGUAAACGGUCAUCUUCUCAAGCAUUACUUUGAAGGGGAAAAUAUUGAUGGUGAUGCCACUACGGUGGAUCUAGCAAAUUCGGUUGAAGAACUGGAAAAGUCGAACUAGCGACUAUAAACUAAGUGCUUCAUGGGAGGCAGCCCAUGUCUGAGAGCUAAAGUCCCUGUUGGCUCUCAAUUCUUUUGCUUCAUUUGUUUUAUUUUGAUUUGUUGUUGGUUUGCACUUUAUCAAGCACCCACUCAUUGGGUAGACUUGGGAUAUUUGCUAUUUGAUUGUUUUAGUUAAGAUGGAUUAUCUGCUAUUUUUGUUCUUUUUGUUGU